AUGCCGGCAUACAACUCCGUUUUCAACAAUGAUCCCAACAUCCCCCGCAUAAUCGGCAACUUCCCUCUCCUCCCUCUCCGUACCAAGACCAGAGGCCCUGCCUACACCCUGCCUAACCCCUCGCCGCCUCUGCCGGCCAACGAGUCUCCCGACCCCGACAGCGAGAGCUACGAUAUCCUCGACGAGGUCCUCGCCCUCUUCCGCGCCAACACAUUCUUCCGAAACUUUGAGAUCCAAGGCCCUGCCGACCGUCUGCUCGUGUAUGGAAUCUGGUUUGUCAGCGAUUGUCUGACAAAGAUCCGACCUCAGGCUUCUCUGCGUGAUGCCCAGAAGGAUGUUUUGAACUUGGCGCUUGACCUUAACUUUGCUAUUCCUGGAGACCCUGCGUGGCCCCUCAACCAGAUGUACGAGCCCCCCAGGGACAGACAAGAAGCGGAGCAGCUCAAGCAAUAUAUGUCGCAGGUUCGACAGGAGCUUGCUUCUCGAUUACUCGCUAGAGUGUAUGAUGAGGACGAGACUAAGCCUAGCAAGUGGUGGUUGAGCUUUACCAAGAGAAAGUUUAUGGGCAAGUCUCUGUAG